ACACGUGAUUAUAAAAUUCAGUCGUUAAAAUGGCGUCGGUAGCCAUUUCCACGGCGGUAAAGAAAAUAACAGAAUUAAGGGUUGUUGACCUUAAAUCUGAGCUCAAACGACGGAAUUUGGACACUACGGGUGUUAAAAGUGUCCUUCUCGCCAGACUGAAGCAGGCUAUCGAGAGUGAAGAUGCAGACAGUAGUUUUGAAAUACAACCUCCUGUAGGCACAUCGACUCGUAAAAGAGGCAAAGGAAAGAAAAUGGACUUGAACUUGGACACAACCAUGGAAGAUGGUACGCCUUCAGAGGAAACAGAGGAGUAUGAGUCAGAGAAAGAUGUAACAGAUACAGAUGAUGGUACACGCGAAAAUUGUAAGCCUGCACUCAGCGAGGACAACCUCUCUCAGCCUGACCCCGAGGCUGAGACUACUGCUGAAGCUGACGUUGAACCGGAGACAGAAGCCACGGUCGCCAAGGCUGAUUCAGAGCCCGAGGUGACGAAUCCUGACACGGAUGCCGAGCCAGAGGUGGAUGCCGAGCCAGAGGUGGAUGCCGAGCCAGAGCUGGAUGCCGAGCAAGAGGCAGAAGCAGAUCCGGAGCCGCACGUCGAUGAUGGGGUGAAUGACGAACCCCGAGUCGACGAUCAGGAAGAGGCCGAGCCGCAGGGCGACGAGGAAGCCGAUCCUGAGGCGGACGGGGAGGCCGAACCUGAAUUGGAGUCCGAAGAAGAGAUGGGUGCCGAAGCCAUGGAUUCCUCGAAAGAAGCAGAGGAUGAUCAUCUUUCUGUGUCGAUACAAAAUGAAGAUGCCAUCACCUUGGAUGUUGAUGGCGAUGAUCUUCUGGACACAGGUAAACAUGUGAAACUUCCAGAUUCAGAGGCCGACAAGGGCAACGACGAGGCCGAGGCCUCUGCCGAGGUGAUCACAGAUGAUGACAUGAAGAUGGAAGAAAAAGAUGGUAAGGAAGAUGACGGAGCCUGGGACGAGCCCUCAAAGGACGACAGAGAGGUCACAAAGAAAGCCGAAGCUGGAGAUAAAGAAAAGGAUUCUGGGAAGAAAGCACCCUCAUCUACUGGGGUAUCUGGUCAAGCAAAGAGCUCUUCACGAGACAAAGAUGGAAAAGCUGCAAAGGAUGAUAAGGGUAAGGCGUGUUGGAAAGCUUCAUUUGUUGAUGUUUUUUUUUUUUUUUUUUUACACACUCUGUCCUUUUCUAAUUUGUUGCGGGAAGCAGUUGUCGGCAGCGGCAGCAACAUCAACUCCUCUCAUAACAUUUGGGUGAGCGGUUUGUCCUUCAACACCAAAGCAGCAGAUUUGAAGAAUCUCUUUGGCAAAUAUGGCAAGGUUUUAAGUGCCAAGGUCCUAACCAAUGCCCGCAGUCCCGGUUCAAAGUGUUAUGGCCUGGUGACAAUGUCUUCCAAUGCAGAGGUGACACGUUGCAUCUCCCAACUGGACUGCACUGAGCUUGAUGGCCAGCAAAUAUACGUUGAAUGUGCCAAAAAUUACCCUUUCAAAAAAGAAGCGUCAAAGACUGAAUCAGAUGACAAAGAGAGUACCAGCAAAUCAAGUGAAAAGCGCAAUUCCGCAGGGACAAAGUUGUCUAGCAAGUCACAACAACCUCACAAAAAAGAUGACAAAUCUGGAGAAAAGGACAAAGAUUUAUCCAAGGACACCAAAAGUGGGUCAAAGAGUCCAGGCGGUACGGUGGAGGGAGAUCAGACCAAAGGAAAGUCCAAUUUUAUAAAAACAAAACCUUUUAGGAAAACAAGAUAUUUUGAUAAGCCUUUUGCUCCUAUGCCCAUGCAAAGACGUCCUAAAUGGCUGAUACCCCCUGAAGAGCUGGAGAUGUUUAAAAACAAACAACGGUUUGUCAACAAGGAGGGCGGCUUUGUUCCUUUUGCGAAGAUAAAGGAGCAGAGUAUGCGUGAACGGAUGGAGCGUACUCGUCGGGCUACAGAGAUGCGCCGGCACCGCGAAAUGAUGGAACAGGCGCGCCGUGAUCGUGAGUGUGAAGAGCGGGAGAACCUCUUCCGUGAACGCCAGAGACUGGAGAUGGAAAGGCAAAAGCUGGAGAGGGAGCGCUUCGAGAGGGAGAAGCUUGAGAGGGAGAGAAUCCGAAUAGAACAAGAGCGGCGGAAAGAGGCAGAACACAUAGCACGCCAACAAGAGCUCAGACGACAGCAGGAGCACCUCCGUUAUGAGCAAGAAAAGAGAAACCUUAAAAGAGGCCGUGAUGUAGAACAUGGUCGCCGAGACAAUCCAUACUGGAAUGGCAACAAGAAGGUUUCGGCUGAUGCGCCCGAUGCUCGUCUUAACCAAGGCCCCAACUUCAACAGGCCGCAGAACCGAUUCACCAACUUCAACACCCGCCAAAGGGGCCGCUUUCCACAGGCUGCUGUUGAGCAGACAAACACGUUUGACAGGCGCAACCGAUUUGACGGUGAGCCUGAAGCAAAGAAGAGUCGACUAAAUCUUCAGCGAGAAGGCACCAGCUUCGAGCGGUACCCCAAGAAUUUUGAAGCAGUGCGCCGGGAUGAGCCUCCUCCUUCGCGCACGGACCUCCGCGACACAGACCGCAGGGAUCGAGACGAAAGGCGGCCCAUCCAAAUGCACAAUCGGCCGAUGGGGUCCAGGAUGUCUGGCAUGACCCACACCCGCUCCCCCAGGGAGGGAGGCCACGGGUGGAAGGAUGACGCCGACAUGAAUGCAAACAAGGGCGAGCUACGCGGCCCCAUGCGAAUUCGUACGGAGCGACCUGGUAGAGACGAGCCCGGUCCCACACUGAGAGGAAGUUCUUCAGCCAGCCGAGGAAGAGGAUCUUUUAAUGAUCGAGAUGGCGGAAGAGCCAUCGUGAUGAAUAACCAGGCUUUCAACUCGGGCCGCCGAGUGGUGGUGCAGCGUCAAAACAGGGAGCAAGGCAUGAGGAAGGAAUGGCAAGGUGGCUCAGCUUCUCAAGGAGGCAGAGGAGGAAGCAGCUUCUCUGACAAUCGCAGGAUGAGCAACAGUCGCAGCAGUAUGAUGUCGCCAUCGUCUGGUCACUCAUCUGGAAUGAGUCGUAUCGUCCAAAUCACCAGCAGCUCCAUUCCCAGCGGUGGCAGCACAGGCAACUUUAAGACUUUCAAAGGAACACGGCAGUUCUAAUGUUGAUCACAUCGAACCAAUAAAAAAGGAGGACCCUCUGCUGCAUUUUACUUUUUAGAAUAUCUUUUAGGUGGCACAAACACAUUGAUGGGGUAAAGACUUUUUAUUUUGUAUAAAAGUAUUCGUUCUAGUUUUUUUUCUGACAUUUCCGCUUUGUGCGCAACUUGUAGAUUGUCAUAGGUCUGUAACGUAUUUUUUUUUUCUUCAGUUGUCAUUUAUUUUUAUGUUUUUUAUUUUAAGGCAAUUUGUGCUCUCCUACCCCCACUUUUGAAUUAUUUGCCAUGUGGCAAAACAAGAUUUGUUGUCAUAACGUGUUUUAUAAAAUGAUGGCAUUAUAAUUUAGACUACAUCCAUACCGUUUCAAAACUGUCCGUUAAUGCACCUGUGAACGAAAUAAAACAUAUUGACUGUUUCCAUCUGA